AUGCUUACUCUGCGCGACAUCCCUCCCGAAAUACUGAGCUUAUUUUGCGAGUGCCUUGACCAACAAGAUCUUCGAAAUGUCCGACUCCUAAACCGAGCUUUUGAUAACGCUGCUCGACGAAUCCUCUUUCGCACGAUCUUCCUGAAGGUCAACCUCCACAGUUUUGGCAAGCUCUCAAAUAUAUCUGAGCAUGAGACCCUUCGGCACUAUGUCGAAGUCUUCAUCUACGACGGAAGGGAAUUGGAGUUCGCAGAAGGCUCUGCCUUCGAGGAAUGGUUACACCACACAGCUGCAACAGGAAUAGGCAUGCUAUCAGAUACGAGAGAUAAAUUUCUUGCUCGAUUUUCACAACAGCAACUACAUGAAUAUUAUUUCAACUUCUGUCGCUAUGUGAGGCUCGUCCAAGGUCCGAUCUUGCAGGGAGACAACGAGAUAAAGUGGUUGCUCAAGGCUAUGAGAAGAUUUCCGAGGCUUUCUGUCGUAGAAUACGCGGAAAAUGAACAGGGUUUCAAGGACGACGACCGCGAGCUUCAACCUAUGAGCUUCUUCAGCCCUCUAGCACAGGAAACUCUAGCGGAGCCUGAGGAAGGAUGGGGAAGAUGGGACAAGCACUUCUGGGCACUUGUAUGUGCGGUUUUUCGUAGCGAGAAUCCCCAGCAAGUGAAGCAACUUCGGGGUGAAAUGCUUGACUAUGAGAGUUUGCGCAAGGUCGAAAAAGCCAUUCCUCAGCUCACCUUGAAAAAUAUCCAACUCCUGUGUCUUGAAUUCACAUCUGAAGAUCAUAUGUCGCAAGCUUCGACUCGGAGUCUUGCUGCGCUUUUAAAACGUGCCCCUAACCUCACAUCACUGCGGCUAUCUUACGGAGAUCACUUAAGGUCCCUCGAAAAUAUAUCAACCUCCUUUCGCAGUAGGCUAUUUGAUACUUCCCUGCACUGGAAGCACCUUACGAACCUGUCCUUGCAAAACCUGGCCCUAUCUCCAUCAUAUCUUCAACAAUUGCUUCAGAGACACUCCACAACCCUUCUGUCGCUCGAACUAUCGGAUAUGGCCCUUCAGCGUGGCAACGAGACCAUUGAAGGAGGUGCACGAGCUCUCUGGAUCACGAUGAUACAAUUUCUAAGUCAGUCUAUGUCUCUUAAACGGAUCAAACUCAUAGGUCGCUUUACGACAGAUACGAACGAAGCAUGGUCAACCUGCGGCGCUGGGGAGGAUGGUUCUGUUUGUCCACCGCGUCAGGACGGUUGUCUAAUCAGCCGGAUUGAACAUUUCAUCAUCCACGGUGGCCUUUGUCCGUUUACGCUCAGGAAGCCUGAAAGGCUGUAUGAUGUACACAUGGAUGCCAGCCAUAAUGAGGGACCUUGGAUUCCUAAACACUCUUGGUCUUGGGAGGAAGAUGAUACGUGGAGAUUCGCCGCGUUCAUGAUUGAAGGGACUCUGGGGGAAGAGUCGUUCCUCGAGGAACUCCUCAGCGUAGAUACUCUCAUCCCAGGAUGA